GUCUUUUCAGAGGAUCAUGCGCAGACCGUCUACGAUAAAGGGAAGGCUAUUGAUGACUACUAUACCGCCAACGAAGAUACUCUCAAGGCGGCAAAGCUGGGCCUAUCAAAGAUUAAAGACCCGCGGAUCGUGGAGACCGUCGUUGAACGCGCUGUUGAUUUCGGACUCGGAAAUAUCAUUCUCAAAGGCCUUGACGUGAUUGGCGAAAUACAUCCUUUCCUCAAAUUCGGUGUGACGGCCUUUAAGCUUGUGUAUAGCUUAGAGCAAAUUCGCCAGAGCAACAACAAGAGGGUCAUGCUUCUGAAAGCUCUUAUGCAGGAAAUGAUGGUGACGUUGUUUGAACUACGCCAUGUGAAGGAUGUUGACGAGCGCGGUCCAAAUGACGAGAGCAUUCGAGGUGGUAUGCAGAGUUUGAUGAAGAGUAUCGCAGAAGAAGUCAAGGCCUGUGGCACCGCCUGUCAUGCAUAUAUCGAGAAAUCGUUUCUACGCAAGUACACCAUGCGUAAGAUGGUAAAAUCUCCGAAAUACGCAGCAAGGCUGGCUCCAUUCGGAGACACGUUCAUCAAGCGUAAAGAUGAUAUCCUACGCCAGCUGAAUGUACACAUUAUUCGUGCUGUAGAUGCAGCCAACGAGAAGCUAGAUGUUCAAGCCACCACUCUCGGAAGUAUCAAGGACCAGCUAAGUAUGGUCGCGCUUUUUCAGAUGUUGGGUGCCCCAAGGGAAAAGGAGUUGGAGAAGUUCAUCCUCGAUAACGGCGGCCCUGAUAAAUGCAUCGCAGAUGAGAAGAUUUUUCAGAAGAUCCUUAAGAUGUAUCCUCCUGAGCGGAAAUCCGAUCCCAAAGACGUCAGGGAAGAGCUCAAAAAAGAAUUGGCAGAGAGUGUUGACGAACUCUUUGAGAAACACCGUAAGGUGUUUGAUGGGUUGUUGAAGAUUCAGCAGCGGGAGAUGCAUAUCGAAGCUGAUCGGGUUAUUGAUGAAAUAUCCGGUGCACAUGAUCGCCGCGUCUUGGAAGCGGACGUGAAAGGGCUAUGGAAAUCUAUGGGCUGGAAGGGAACAGUCGAAGCACGCCAGUUUGUUCUCGCCCUCCACGACUUCUACGCAGACCAUCACUUUGGUUCAAUCGCUGAGAGUAAAGCUCCCUCGAGAGUAGGCUCUCCAGUUCCCGCGAGUCCGCUCCCUCUUCACCCUUCCGAGAAUGCCCCGGCAACUUUAAUUGGCAACGACCGCUGGGCGCUGGCGUAUAUUGAUGCCUCUAAUGUUCAGGCCGUUGUAGAGGCCGUGGACGAUGACGUCACUGGGUUCGUCAGCAUCAAGGAAGUGAACAAAUUCGCAAACAGUCGACCAGACGGAUGGAGCUGGCUUCAGUGGCUUGCCUAUUGGGCUACCGGAUGGCAUCUGAGCAUUCACCGGUAUAAGUUUCAGAUCCACACCCUCGUUCAGGAAAUGCUCGAGACGGCCAAUUCGGUCCACCCCCAGAAUCGCACAGCUGCAAAUAUAUAUCUUGCACUCGCACCGAUGUGGAAUAUCGAACCUCUGCUACGAUCCACGCGUGAUCGUGCAGGAACCACAGCGCCAGAGCUAAAACGUCUGACGGAGGACUAUACAGACAUGGAGCAGACCCGUAUAGAGAAGAACUUGGAGUCUGUUUCGUAUCGGAUUGACGCUUCAGCGACAGUGGCUCUGAUUACGAGAAGUAACAUUCUUGAACGAUACAUAUAUCCGCUUAUAUAUCUCAUACUCCGGAGGCAUCACCACCUCCUGAAGCUCGCUUGCAAGAAUGUCCUAGACCCCAAGGAGUUUGAAAGCAUGACUACGACACUCAAGAGCAUCUUUUACGCCGCAGACGACCGAAUGUCAGCGCUCGAAUCUAUCUUCCGCCAGACUCAUGCUGAUGUUCGAGUUCGAUUCGGGCAGUUUGCAUUCGGAAUGUUUCAACUCUCCCAUGGCCGUAGUGGGCGAGACCCUUCCAAGAACUGCUUCGUUAGAGCAAUCGAUGUAGAUCCAUAUGAAGGUUCCCAGCCUACUGCCGAAGAAUCUCGAGGCACUGCCAUUUCCAUCCUCAAAUUUGGCAUAAAGGAUGAGGACGAGGCCUCUCUGUACUUAAAGUUCGCUUCAAGUCUAUCGACUUCUUUGGCCUCAUCCUCAAAUCCACUGGCAGGAAUGUGGUCGGGAGGACGCGGUGAAGUCAUCGACGGGAAGUACAGGGCCAUCGAAUUAGUGGAGAUCGUGAUCAAUGAGGAAUACGCUGAGGAUGGAAGCGCGACGGGUAUUGGGCGGGACUACAAGGGCGAGUUCAAGGUUACUGGACGGCUCUCAAAUCAGUCUGUUGCCUUUGAAGUGUUCUUCGACGAUGGAGUUUCGUACGCGAUCCGCGGACAAUUUAAUGAGGAGCUGGAUAGGGUGGUUAUCCAAGAAAAUACAUCCGAACACGGCUCCUCCCCUCCGCAAGCGCCGAGAAUCGUCUUUCAUCUGGACCGCAUCCCCGCCUCACUCCGAAGAUUCAGAGGCCCUCCUUCUGAGUAUGAUCCUAACCCUGCUCGCACACGGUGGUUCUUUGCUAAAGACGCCAUCAUUUCUCAACCCCAUAACGGACAUUUUUCCUGGUCACAUACGGUCAAACGGGUUGCAGAGCAGCGGCGGUUCAUGGAUCUGCACAUGCGAAAUCUAGUGGACUCCAAAUAUUGGUCGUGCCCGAAAAAGCCUGCCCUAAACGAGGAUGAGCAGAAAGAGUUAUCGAAUCUUCAAUGGAAAUUGGCUCCUGCGGACUGUAGCCUUUACGGUUCGCUUGUCGAGCUUGAGUUGCAGAGAAUGGUCAAUUUUUCCGAAUGGUAUUGCGAUUCCUGCACACGUACCGUGGUGCAGGAGCGACUUGUGUGUCUCCGCUGCAUUGACGAAACUUACGGGGACACCAUGGAUCUUUGCUCCACCUGCGCAGAUGCGGAAGCCAGUCGAGAUGGUUUCAUACACCUUAAAUCGCAUUCCAUCAUGAAACUACGCUACUUUGUUCACGAUCAUGAUUUCCCAUGGUACAUGGCGUACGGGAAAACGAUAGCAGACCAAGCCAAGGAUCGCUUGCGGAAGCGCGAGAUCGAAAAGAAAAACAAUCCGAACGCUGGGACGAGUGGUACGGACGCAGAUGAUUCGCUGGAGAUGGAAUGCAAGGCAUGCGGAAAGGAAAUAUUGCUGCCCUGUUGGGUUUGCCUCUGGUGUGAACUGUUUAUUUGCGUUGAGUGUGAAUCAGAAGGGCGUCCUAUCACUGAUCGCCAGUCUCAUGACCCCAAUCACCCACUCGUACGCAUCUCUGACACGAAACCCGAAGGUGGCCCGGCAAAUACGGACAAGAAACUACGGUUCUUGGAGGUUGGGUUAAAUGAUCUGGAGACAAAGUUGGACGAAAAAAUGGCUACUCGGCUGUCUCUGAUGGAGGCGCAGGUGGAGGAGCGUUUGAGCGCCCUAGAAUCCAAGGUUGAGGAACGCCUGGAGCAGAUGGAGAUUAGAAUGGAGGGGCAUCUAGCUGCGAUGGAGACUAAGGUUAUAGAGCGUUUCGGAGGUUUGGAGGACACCUUCAGAAGGAUUGUUCAGGAGCUAUCGGUGACUCGUACGGAAUGA